CACUUGACUCCAUCCAUCGGCAUCGAGUUGACGAUACAGUUCAGACUUCAGAGUGAGCCACAGCCAAAAACACAGUUAUAGCAAGCUAGCUAGUGAGGAGAGAUGGCGCAUUUCCAGGGUCAGCAGCACGGCCACCCAACCACCCGCCUCGACGAGUACGGCAACCCCGUGACGGCCGGUUACGGCGAGGGUCUGGGUCAUCUCCAGGGCCAGCAGCACGGCCAUGCAACCACCGGCCGUCUCGACGAGUACGGCAACCCCGUGACGGCCGGCCACGGCGAGGGCCUGGGUCAUCUCCAGGGCCAGCAGCAUGGCCAUCAAACCACCGGCCGCCUCGAUGAGUACGGUAACCCUGUGAUGGCGGGCCACGGUACAACCGGCACAGGUGCCCACGGUGCUGGGCAGGCUGGGUACGGUUCUACCGGCACUGGCAGCUACGACACCGCCGGCCACGGCCGCCAGGUGGGGUACGGUGCCACUGGCACGGGCACCCACGACGCUGGGGGCUAUGGAGGAUCUGGCCAGGCAGCUGGGUACGGCGCCACCGGCACUGGGAUUCACGACGCCGGCGGUUUGGGCACGGGGCGUAGGGCUGGGCACGACGCCGGCGGUUUUGGAACCACGGAGCACACAGCCGGGUAUGGCGCUACCGGCACCCAUGGCACAGGCCAGACGACUGGGUACGGCACCGGCGAGGGUACCGGAAUCACGGGCACCCAUGGCACGGGCCACACAACUGGGUACGGCACCGGCACUGGCCAUGGCACCGGAAUCACGGGGACCCAUGGCACAGGCCACACUGCUGGGUACGGCACCGGCACCGGAAUCACCGGGACCCAUGGCACAGGGCAAACGGCUGGCUACGGCACGGGCACGGGCACCGGAAUCACCGGGACCCAUGGCACAGGCCACACUGCUGGCUACGGCACCGGCACGGGCACCGGAAUCACCGGGACCCAUGGCACAGGCCACACUGCUGGCACCGGCACCGGAAUCACCGGGACCCAUGGCACGGGGCACACGGCUGGGUAUGGCGCCACCGGCACCGGAAUUACCGGAACUCAUGGCGCCGUUGGCACCCACCCUCAUGGUGGGCUAGCCGAGCACAAGACCAGCGGCACCGGCGGCAUCCUCCACCGCUCUGGCAGCUCCAGCUCGUCGUCGUCGUCUGAAGACGACGGGAUGGGCGGCAGGAGGAAGAAAGGCAUGAAGGAGAAGAUCAAGGAGAAGAUGCCCGGCGGUCACAAGGACCAGACUACAGCUACCGGUGGCUACGGGCCGGGGUACACGGGGACCACUGGCACCGGUGGGACUCACGGGUACACCGAGGGAACACACGAGAAGAAGGGCGUCAUGGAGAAGAUCAAGGAGAAGCUCCCUGGUGGCCACAAGGACGACCACCCGCACACAACGGCGACCGGCGGCUAUGGAGCUGCUACCACUACUGGCACCACCGGGACGUACGGCACGACUGAGGGGACGCACGAGAAGAAGGGCAUGAUGGAGAAGAUUAAGGAGAAGCUCCCCGGCGGCCACCACUGAGCAUGUCCCGUCCUGGUUCCCGAGAAACGAAGAAUAAUAAAGGCGAGCGAAGAACUCUCUCUGCUGUGUGCAAGAGCAUGAGUAUUAAGCUGUCUUGUACGUUUCUCUUUUAGUUUUCUUUUUCCUGUGUGAUCGAUGUUGUAAUGUUUGAGACAUGGUUUCGUUUCUUUUGUAGAACAUGCAUAUGUUUCUGUGGUUGGUUUGUACUUCUAUUUUCUUAUUAAGACAAGGACUUCAGUCACUUCA